GGGAUUUAGCGUGGCUUCGUAUGCGACCACACUAAUGUUGAGGAUCAUGGUAAAUUAAGUUUGGAAACAUAAACAUUUAAUUUAUCGCGGAGCCUGGCUUGUUUUAACAAAAAAACCGACUGCAGUUAUGCUUGCUGGGGAUCCGACCUGCUGCUGAAAGUGUUCGCAUACUACGAUGCACAGUCUCAGCGGCGCCAGCAAAGUUGUGGCCACUCUCCGCGCGGACGGAAAUGUGUAUCCGAUGGAGCACUCCAACCUGCUGCACUACGAAAUACGCACCGAAGGCGAGGUCCAACAGAAGAAGAACAACUUGCAAGGACCCGCCACGGGCGUGGACCUGGGCAAACAGCUUCUCCAGUACGCGAGGGACAACGAUGUGAAUGGCGUUAGGGGUGCGCUGUCGCACGGAGCGCCGUUCGCUUCCGACUGGCUGGGCAUGUCGGCCCUGCACUUUGCGGCCAUGAACAAUCAAAUGGAAAUAUGCGAGAUUCUGCUGCAGGGCGGUAUCAAUGUCGAGUCCAAGACGAAGGUGGACCGGACCCCGUUGCACCUGGCCUGUUAUUACGGCCACGAGCGGGUAGUCAGCCUGCUGUUAGCGUUGAAAUGCAGUGUCAACCCGCGCGAUAUGCUCCGCAUGACACCACUCCACUGGGCCGUGGAGAAGAGACACAAAAGCAUUGUGCGCAUGCUACUGAAGCAUCAUGCGGAUGUCACUGUGGUCUCCAAGUUCGGCAAGACGCCAAUCGGACUGGCCGUAUACACCGAACAGGCGGAUAUUUUGGCGGAGCUGGAGUCAGCGCGGCAGGCGCAAGCCAACCGGAAGUACAAAGAAGAGUCGGAGCGUCAGACGCAUUCGAGCACAAAAGAAACCAGCGAUGCUGUUAACUCUAUAAUGGGAGAGACGGAGGUUAAAAAGCCACCGGACGACAAAGAAAUGUCUGUGGAGGAACGAAUGGACGUCCUGGAAACACUGCGGGGGAACACCAAUGUGCUGGGAAACUCUGCCCUAAACAUGCUGAAAACUCAUGGAAUAGCUGAUAUGAUGCAGGAAAACGAUGGCGAAGCCUCCAAGGAAAUGCUAAACACUGCCCUGCAAAACGGCCGCCAACUGGUCCUUUCCGAGGGCGGCCGCAUGCUGCUGCACGAAACGAAGGCUGGCCUUGGUGUCGGCAACACGAAGCAAUAUGUUAACGGAUCUGGAACGAGAAAGCCGGCCGGAAUAGCUCUCCGUCCCAACGUUAAUAACUCAACAUCGCCUCAAAAAAUUCGAAUGAACGUGAUCAAGCAAAAGGAUGCCACGGCCGCUACCCCAGCGGGGGUUUCCAAAAACAAGAAUAUACGCAUAAUCUCGUUGACUGAUUUUAAAAAGCUCUGCGGGUCGGACAAUCAGCCCAAGUCCCUGCAAAAAAUACCCGCAACUCUGGCAAGCUCUGGAAUGGUGCGUCAACUGCCCGACGGAACCAAACUGGUCAACAUGCGGCAUCUUCAGUCUCGACAGCUAAAGCUUCCAUCCCUGCAAAGGACCCACGCUCAGGAUGCCACGACUUCGGAUGAAACCCUUAGUGAGUCACAGCCUGGUUCCAAUCCCGCGAGUACGCUUCGUGGACAAGUGGGCACCGUGCAGACGAUACAGCUGCGUCCACCGACGACGGGCACCGGCCAGGGGCCAGCGAACAACGGGGUGUCCGCCAGCAAAGGGAUCGGUAGCGCGGGUAAACUGACGACUGGAAAAGCGCCAAACGUAAUGCCACUGCUGACUUCCUCCGAAAUUUGCCGCCAGCUCCACGAGCUUCGGCGUCAGAACGAGGAACUGCGGCGACGCCUCGACACACAGCAGCGGGAAAAGGAGGAAAUGAUGAGGCGCCUGGACCGCUUAGAACAACUGGUGCUUAUCCGCGAGUCGGAGACCGAGGUGGAAUAUACGGAGGAGUUGUAAUUAGAACUAAGAUAGAUUUGUACAUAAAUGUAGUCCGUAGUAGUACAGUGCUGACUUUGUU